AUGCGCACAUUUCUGGCUCAUCACGACGCAUGCCCCUUCGCGCUGCGCCGUACCUCGCGCGGCAACAGCGGCGUGGUGACGUGGACCGUCACAUCGCUCGCCGCCUCCGCCCCUCCCGCCAUGCCUGCCGCUGCGAACUUCUGUCUCGCGUGGGUCCGUCUGGGUGUCGCCGGCAACUACGCGCCGCUGCUCGCGAGCGAAGACGAGCGAAGACGAGCGAAUUCGCAAUGCAGCUUUAAGAAUGGCGUGAAGCAGCGAGGAGAUAUGGAGGAUGGUGGUGGUGGUCCGUCAGGCAGUGACGGUGGGCCGGCGCACGCGCUCGGGCCUGACCUCGAGCGAGAUGUGCUGCGUGGGAAUGAUGCCCCAACCCCCGCAUCACAUCCGGACGAUUCCGCCGCCAACCCGGCGGCGGAGCCCAGCGCCAUGCGCACUGUCCCCAGAUUCCUUCCGCUCGCAGCCCUCUCCGCGCGCCCCUCCCCCUCCCCCCUCGUCGGCAAAUCCACCCCCGCCAAGCCGGGGGGCCCGUUGCGGUUGGUGCUGCCGGCGGGAAUUGGACGAGCACCAGACGCCAGCCGGGCGCAGGAGCGGCAGGGGGAGCGGCAGGGGGAGCAAUCGUGCGAGGAGGCGAUCAGGGGAGCAUCCCCCGCCAGCAGCGCGCGCCCGCUGCUCUCCGCCAAUUUGGGGGCGCAUGGCGCGGCUUCCAGGGGAACCAAGGCGCGGGCAAGAGCGGCGGAUGUGGAUACGGGGGCAGAGAAUGCGCGAGGUCGUGGGGGAGCCGGCAAGGAAGGGGAGGCGGACAGCGGUGACGGUAGCGACGGUGGCGAGGGGGCGAUGGAGGGGCGGAUGGAGGGGGCGGAGAGGAGGGGGGAGGUGGCAGAGGAGAGGGGAGGCGGCAGCAGCAGCGAGGCGAGCGGAGGGCUGAUAGGGGAGCAGGAUCGGGGGAGCAGGGGGGGCGGGGAGGGGGAGGAGGACGGGGAGAAGGAGCAGAGGAGGCGGAGUGGCGGAGGGCGGGGGGGAGCAGCGGCGGUGAACAGGGGGGCAUGGACGGCGGAGGAGGAUGAGCGGCUGGCGGCACUGGUGGCGGUGCAUGGGGCGAAGAACUGGAGUGCCAUCGCUGCUGGCAUCCCUGGCCGACCCGGGAAGAGCUGUAGACUCAGGUGGUGCAACCAGCUGGACCCGGCGUUAAGGCGAGGCCAGUUCACAGUGGACGAGGAUGCGCGCAUCAUCACAGCACAUGCCAUCCACGGCAACAAGUGGGCGCUCAUCGCCAAGAACCUUCCGGGACGCACGGACAACGCCAUAAAGAACUAUUGGAACUCCGCCAUGCGCCGCAAGUACCCCCUCCUGCGCGGCCUCUCUGCGCCCACUCCCGGCCCCUCGUCCGCCUCCCUACACUCUGCCUCCCCCUCCCACCCUGCACCGGGGCAGCCCCAUCCUUCCCCUCCGCCCUCCCACACGCCUGCCCUUGCUACUAACGGACAACCGCAAGGCAGAGAAGGCGCGUACGAGCGUGCGGUGCGGUUUGUGGCGGGCGUGCAGGCGAGGGGCGUGGCGGCUCUGGUGGAGGAGGUGGAGCGAGCCGUGGAGAGGGAGUGGCGCGAAAGAGAGGCGCGGGGGCGAGGGGGGGAGGGGGGAGAGGGGGAGGGGCGAGGGGAGGACGAGGAAGGAAUGGUGAGGGGAGAAGGGGAGGGGAAAGAAGGAGAGGGCGUGGGGGAGGCAGGAGAGGGAGAGAGGGCGAGGGAUGAUGAAAGUGACGAUGAGGAGGCGGGAAUUAUGGGGAGGGAGGUAGGAGUAAGUGAGGGAGACGAGAGGACGGAAGAAAUGGCAGAGGAGAGUGAGGAGCGGGGGGAUGGGGAGCAGCAGACGGUGCAGGGAGCAGGGGAACGGGAGACAGUGCAGCAGGUAGGGUGUGGGGAGGCGAGGGUAGGGGAGUGGAGGGCGAGUGAGGCGAGAAGAGGGGAGAGAGGAGUGAAGCAGGAAGUGGCGGAGGGGGAGGAUCGGAUGGAAGGAGUGGGAGGGAUGGAAGAGGUGGGUGGGUUGUGUGCCCCUGAGCCACACACCUCCACAGCAUGCGCUCUCCCUCCGCCCCUGCCACAGUGUGACGUCCUGCCUGUUGCCAGCCAGACUGGUGCCAGCAUCAGCCAUGCGGCCAGGGGGGAUGGUGGCAGUGACAGCAGGCAUGCUAGGGGCAUACCUGUGGAGGCGUCUGUUGGGGGUGACCCCGUGCCAUGCAGUGCAGCGGGGCCCAGCAGCAGGAAGAGGCAGUACGAGGCCUGCCGUGAUGAUGGGGGUGAUUAUGGUGGUGGUGAUGCUGAUGCUGCUGCUGGAAGUGCUGGUGGGAACAUGAGCCAGCUCGGGACCCUCGCCUGCCACGUUGACCGACGCCCUCGCUUCCGAGCCUCACCCACUGCUGUGCCUGCACCUGCUGCUGCUUUGGCACCACUGCUGCCGCCUUCCACCCUUCCCACCACCCCUACUGUUGCCACCUCCCCCCUCCCUCCCUCACACACCUCUCAAGGCACCACCCAGCAGCCACACACACCGUCACCAUCACCAUCCUCCCCACCACUCACUCCCUCUUGCCCUCCCUCCCUCACUCACCCCCACCACCACCGCUCUCUCGCCCCUCCGCAUCUCUCCUCACGCUUUUCAUUCGCCACUCUCCCGUCGGGCCUCUCCCACUCCUCUCUCCUCCCUGCUACCCACACUCCCUCCCUUCUCCAGCCCUCUCAACCACACAGUCCGCCAAUGCCCCUUACUUCCCAGGUAGGGGCAGGACGGGUAGUGGAGAAAUAUGGUGGCGGUGGCACGAGGGGCGUUGGUGGAGGGGGUGGGAGCAUGAGGGGAGUGGGUAUGGGGGCGUUUCAGCUGGGGAAGGUGUUUACUGCAGUGCAGGUGACAGGGGGCGAUGAGAGGAUCCGCAGGCACAGCGGAUGUGAGGGCGAAGAGGGGCGUGGGGGUGAUGAAGGGUGUGAGAUGGCCGUGAGAGUAGGGGAGACGCGAGGACAAGAGCGGGAAAAGGAAGGGGGUUGCGGAGGGGAUGGAAUGGAGGUGACGGGGGUUACGGAGGAGGAAAGCAGAGGGCAGCAGGGGAUGGAAGUCUGUGAGUCAGAGCAAGAGAAGACCCUGUGCCCACACGGAGGACAUAAGACCAACUCACAGCCCUUGCAGCACAGUCUGCACGCACAUACAUGCCUUGCUGCUGCAGUCCCAGAGCCAAUGCAAGACUGCCACGUGGCAGGGCAGGGGCGAUGUGGGUCACGGGUGCAGCGGCACGUGCAUCGGGUGGCGGCGUCGGCAUGUGGGGUGGCGCAUCUGCUGCUGGAGGAGCUGCAGCGGCGGCACGGAGUGGAAACACGGGCAGAUAAGGAAGCGGUGGAGGAGCGGCGAGGGGAGUCAGGGGACGUGCACGGGGAGUUUGGUGAGGGGUCACAGGCGGGAGAGCUGGUGGGGGAUGCAGGAUGUUGCAGGGGUGAGCGGUGCUGCUCGGUGAGCAGUGGUGGUGAGGGUGCAGCAGAGGGCAUGGCGUGCCGGCAUCUGCUGGAUGCCAUGCUGACUAGCGCGGGGAGCGCGUUCGCGGAGCGAGCAGGCCGAUACUGCGCGGUCGCGUGGCGCGUGGCGGGGGCUGCAGCGCGGUUGGCGGCGGCGGCGGGCUUGUGGGCGGCGGUUGCGGCGGCGGCGUUCGUGAUCCGCGGGUGCGCGUCGCUGGUGCCGCCGUCGCUGGGGUCGGCGGUGCUGCCACUGGUGGGCGCGCUGGUGGGCAUGGGUCGCACCCUCGGCUGGCUCGUGCUGCUGCCCUCCCUCGUACGCACCCCCCUCGCCCGCCCCCUCGAGCACCCCCUCGCGCACCCCCUGGCCUGCAUCUUUGCCCGCCCCCGCGCCCACCCCGUCGCCCACCCCCUCUCCCACCCCCUUCCAUCCACCCCCUCCUUGUGCGUGCACCCUCCCUGCCACUCCGAUCGUCGUCAUCCCCACGUGACUGCUCCCUUCACGCCACCCACCCCACCUGCUUUUCCCCCACUUUUUCCCCUUUCCCCCCCUGCGCCCCUCCCCUCCGCACCCGCCGCCUCCCAUCGGCUGCGGUCAGCGCCGCCCUCACAGCAGGUCAGCGCCGCCCUCACAGCAGGUCAGCGCCGCCCUCACAGCAGGUCAGCGCCGCCCUCACAGCAGGUCAGCGCCGCCCUCACAGCCGGUAUAGUGGCGGCGAGCGGGUCUCCUCGAGCGGCAUUACUGCUGCUGGUGGCGUCCACAGUGUACCACGUGGUGGUGCGCGCAGGGCUCACCACGCUCUGCCUCACGCUGUUCGCCUAUUUCCUCGCCCCCCCCCCCUCCCCCCCCCCUCUCUCCCGGGCCGUCCGUCCACCAGGGAUAGUGGCGGCGAGCGGGUCCCCCCGGGCGGCAUUACUGCUGCUGGUGGCAUCGACGGUGUACCACGUGGUGGUGCGCGCAGGGCUCACCACGCUGUGCCUCACGCUGCUCGCCUCCUUCCUCGCCGCCGACCUGCUGCUCCUCCUCGCCUCCUCCCUCCAAGACGACCCCGCCCAGCCCGACUCCUCCCCCCCGAACCAGUCCCAAGCAAGCACUGCUGGGGGGAAGAAGCCGGGAGGGGUGGGGGGAGCGGCAGGGGAGGGGGAAGCGGGGUUGGCAGGGGGAGCGGGGGCCGGGGGAGAGGCGAGUGGGGGCGGGGAGAUAGAGCGCAUAGUGCGGUGCAGCAACCACUACGAGGUGCUUCGCCUGGCGCCCUUCUGCCCGGCCGUGGAUGAGGGCGCCCUGAAGAAGGAAUACCGCCGCAUGGCAAUGCUAGUGCAUCCGGACAAGCAUGGGGGGGACGAGAAGAAUGCCAUAGUGGCGUUUCAACGCCUGCAGAGUGCAUACGAGGUGCUAUCAGACGAGGGGAGGCAGCGAGAGUACGAGGGCGAGCUGAGGCGCGAGCAGCUCGUGGAGCUCAUCACACGCAGGGCUGCACACAUGUGGCAGACGAGCAGCACAACAGCUGGCAGGGCGGCAGCACGGGGAAUGGGCGGGGCAGCAGGGAAGGCAGGGGGGCCAGCAGGGGGCGAGGAGGAGGAGGGGGGCCGGCCGGUGGCAUGCACUGAGUGUGGGAUGGCACAUGUGUGGCGCCCCGUCAACCGCCCCUGCAGCCACGCCCGCUGGUGCCAGGUGGGGCGCGGUGGGGUGCAAUGGGGUUCACUGGGGUAG